ACCCAUCGACUUGGUUUUUAACGUUUUGAUUCCCGAGAGUGUUUCGUGAAUUUUCUUGUGAGGGUUAUAUACCCGAGUUUCCCGAUUACGUGAUCACUUGGGUUGACGAGCCCGAUCGCCCACUGGCCCACUGCCUGCGGGGCAAAUAGCCAAACGAGACCCGGUCCUGUUCAGCCCCGCCCUCCAUCCAUUGCCCGGCGGCCCAACCCUUGACCCCUGGACGCGUCAUGAAUCCGGAAGGAGAGGUGGAGCGGCAAAUCCAGGCCAGUCUGGACCAGGCCUCGGACGGGAUCGACUCGUCGGACGAUGAGGCCGCCUUUCAAGAUGCCCGGACUCAAGCCUGGCCGAAUGGACCCGACGAGUUAUUUCACGACGCCCGACAAGCUAAUGAGGGGACUGACGCCGCCGCUACGCCAGUCAGGCCCCCCGUUCGGCCCCACCCAUCCCGGACCCCGAGCCCCGACCCAGACGUGGAACAAAGGGAUGCCGAAGCGGAAGCCACGCCUGAGCUGGCCCAACUCCGGCUCCGACGAGCCACGGAAGCGGCGCUCAGUCCCGCUCAAAGAGAGGAAAGACAGAAGCAAGCCCUGGAGCUCAAACAAUCGGGGAACGCCGCUUAUUUGGCUAGUCAGAAUGUGGAGGCCGUGACCAUUUACUCGGAAGCCUUGGCUCUCUGUCCCUUGUGCUUCACGGACGAUCGAGCCGUUCUGUUGGCCAAUCGAGCCGCGGCGCAGUUCAAGCAGGGGGAUUUGGCAGCCACAAUCCAAGACUGCUCCGAGUCGCUGGAGCUCAAACCCGACUAUUUGAAAGCUCUAGUCCGGCGAGCCCAAGCUUAUGAAGACCAUGACAAACCCCAUGAGGCCUUGAAGGAUUUUGAAAAGGUCUUGACGUUAGACCCGAAACACGCCCAAGCCAACGUGGCCGCCCGAGUGCGCUUACCGGAGAAAGUCAAAAUUAAGGAUGAGCAACUUAAAGCCGAGAUGAUGACAAAUUUGAAGAAGCUGGGGAACAUGGUCUUGAACCCAUUUGGCCUCUCCACCGAAAACUUCCAAUUUGUCCAAGAUCCCGAAUCGGGAAAUUAUUCCGUGAAUUUCUCCCAAGGCAACAAAUCUUGAUCCCAAGCCGGUUGUCUUGUUUGUGAUAGGUCUUAUUUGCUCGUGUGCACCUAUGCCCCUAUUUUGUACUCGAUGAAAAAUUAGCGUCCCCUUAAAUCCAA